AUGAGCACGGUAGUGGACGCCGAGACGGCUAGAAAUCUGUCUCUCUUCCGUCCUUUGGGAUACCAACGAAAUUCAUGUGGUUAUUGCAAGUCUGAAGAUGGCAGUGCUUCGUACUAUGCAAGUUCGGUGUCGGUUCGGCCUGAACAUUACGAAGAGCUAGUCAAGAGGGGAUGGAGAAGGUCGGGAACGUUGUAUUACAAGCAAAACUUGCAGCGCUCAUGUUGUCCGCACUACACAUUGAGGCUUGAUGUAUCUGAAUAUCAAGCAAGACGAGAUCAGCGCAAAGCCAUCAACCGAUGGAACAAGUAUGUGCUGGGCCAGGAAUAUAUCCGGAAAGCUGCAAUGCUCGCUCCAAAGAGUCGAGAGGAAAAGAAGCAGCGAAAAGAGAAAUUCGAUGUUGUCAAGGCAGUCCACGAGGCCGAAUAUUCCAACUUGAAACGACCCAUAGACCCAAAGACCAAGCAGCCGAUCGAGCCCGCGCAUAAGUUUGAGGUUUCCAUAGAGGGUGAUUCAAUCUCACAACGAAAAUAUGAAGUCUUCCUCAAAUACCAACAGGCCAUCCAUAAAGAGUCCACGGACAGAUGGAAGAGUGCAGACUUUAAACGGUUCCUCUGUUCCGGAUUAAAACGGAAUACACCAAAGGAAGGUUCUGGAGAGAAGAGACUGGGGUCGUGGCAUCAAUGUUACCGUUUGGACGGACUUUUGAUUGCGGUUGCAGUCUUGGAUCUGCUUCCUGAGGGCGUGAGCUCUGUAUAUCUAUUCUACGAUCCCGAGUUCGGUGACUGGGAGUUUGGCAAAUUGAGUGCUUUGAGAGAGAUAGCAUUUGCGCUAGAGGAAGGCUACAAAUAUUACUACAUGGGCUACUAUAUCCAUUCCUGCCAGAAGAUGCGAUAUAAAGCUCUUUACCGGCCACAAUACAUUCUAGACCCAGAAAGCAUGACCUGGGAUCCUCUCGAGGGCGAACUGGUAGCCAAACUCGACAAACGCAAAUACGUCUCCUUAUCCCGUGACCGCGCUCGUAAACUUGCAUCGUCCGAAUCAAACCAAAACGAGGAAGACAAUGAAGAUGAACUUCCCGAACUCGUCAACGAAGAAGCGCUAUCACUUUUCUCUAUCGGUAUGCCCGGCGUCUUGACAGCAGAGGAAGUACUGAGUCAAAUGGAUCUUGAUCACUGGCUCUUGCUCGUUCAUGGCACAUUUGUCCACAUGGAGGAUUUGGUUGGAUGGGAAACUGCGCAAAUCACGGAUGCACAGAGUGUCAAGGGUAUCGUUGGCGAAUUGGUGGCUGUAUUGGGGGUGGAGGUUGCUAAGAAGAGUGCCUGUGUUCUCUUUGAUUAG